AUGCCGAAAACCCCGAGAAAAGAUACCACCAUGGAGGACGACACUGAUUCUGAUAUCUUGAAGUCACCCGAUAAGAAGAAGCAGAAAAAAGAAGUCUCAUUCCAAGAUUCAGAUAUUGAAGAUGAAGAACAUGUUGAAGUAGAUGAAACAGGUAUUAACCCAACGGAAAUGCUCAAGCAUGUUGAGGGAUUCAUGGAGUAUCUUAGAGCUAAUAAUAAAACCGAGUCUGCAUACAGAACCAUGCUUGCGAAGCUUACUGAUGAGUACUUCUCCAGUACUGGUGAAGACAGGAGUUUUGAUAUUGAAACAUUUGUCAAGACUUACAGAAAGUACUACGCUGCUGCUUUCAAGAAAAUAACAAUUGACUCCAGUUUGAAAUGUGUGAAAGACUAUUUAGAAUCAAAUGAGUGCAUUGUCCAUUAUCCUGAUUUUCCAAGAGCUCCUCCUAGUGUAUUGACGCUUUACUGUAGAAAGAAUAACUUGAAUUUUCAAUUUGGCAAGAUGGCGGAGAUCAGAGCUACGAUCAGCAACGACGAAGCUGGAAAGUCGGAGUGCGAACAUGAGCUUUCGCAAUUAGAGGCUAAGUACUUAAGAGAUUUAGAGAACUUCAGAGAAAGAAAAGAGUCUGAAUUCUCAGCCAAGCAGCUCGACUUCCUGGAUAAGAAAAUCAAGUCCAUGAAGAAGAAGCUUCUCGGACCUCCUGUUCGUAACACGCCUAAGACUCCUAAAGGAGCGACUCGUGCGACAACAAGGGCUAAGAAAACUGCAUUCGAUUUGUUCUUGGCAACCAAGAAAGACAAAUAUACUGAUCUCGAUGAAGAAUCUCGAAUUAAAAAAUUGCAGAAGAAAUUCGAAAAACUUGAUGAGGAUAAGAAAGACAUUUUUGAGAAACUUGCUCUCAUGUAA